AUGGAUGUACCUGUGCCGGACUCUGCUGUGGCAGAGCAUGGCUCACAUCUGCUCAGGCAGCUGGAGAGGAUGAGAGCCACCCAGGAGCUCACUGAUGUGGUACUGCUGGCAGAAGGGAUUCCCUUUUCUUGCCACAAGGUGGUGUUGUCUGCAUUCAGCCCUUAUUUCCAGGCCAUGUUUACAUGUGGUCUGAAGGAGACCCGGGGAGGUGAGGUGCCUCUCAGAGACACUCCUGCUCAGAGCCUGGAGAUGCUACUGAACUACAUGUACAGAGCUGAACUUCCGCUUUCCAACGACAACAUCCAGGGAGUGGCUGCUGCGGCCUUCCUGCUCCAUGUAGACGGAGCCUUCAGGUUGUGUCAGAGCCACAUGGAGGCCUGUAUGGACCCCUCCAACUGUGUUGGUCUGUACCACUGGGCCAGAGACCUUGGGGCCACUGGUCUGGCCGACUCUGCCUUUAGAUACCUCUGCCAGCACUUUACACAGGUUUGUGAAGAAGAAGAAGUGCUGGAGCUGGAUGCCCAAAGUCUUGGGGCUCUGCUGGGUUCAGAUGACCUCAACGUAUCGCAGGAGCAGGUUGUGCUGGAGCUGGUGCUGCGCUGGGUGGAGAGGCGAAGGGGCGACUCGCAGAGUGAAGCCCAGGCUGUGGAGUUACUCAGACGUGUCCGCCUGGAACUUGUGGACCCUGGAUUCCUCCGUAAAGCCAGGAGGAGAAACCCGGUAUUGCUGCGGGAUGCUGAGUGCUUUGGGAUGAUUGAUGCUGCUCUCCAGACCUCGGGUCUGUGUGAGACGUCAGCUCCACCUCGGCCAACCCUUCGUUACGGCAUGGAGACCACCGACCUGCUGCUCUGCUUGGGUGGGGUGAAUAAAGAGGGAGUGCCUGCCCGCCGUGGAGGACUUGCAGACCUCAGUUUUUGCUUUGCCCCCAAUGGUAGAAGGACUUACUACAUUCCCUCCCCACUGAGGGGCAGUGGAGGCAUGGGACAGGUCACAGGUGGGGCAGUGACACGAGACAACAACAUCUUGGUGGCCAUAGAGGCAGAAGACCAACACAGGAUAAAGAGGGUGGAUAUCUACAGGUACGAUAGUUCUGAGGAGAACAGCUGGGUGGAGCUGUGCUCAGCAAAAUACAGGGACAUGUAUGCUUUAGGGAUGCUAGGUGAUGCCCUCUACAUGAUAGGCGGUCAGAUGAAAGUGCGCAAUCACUACAUCAUUACAGACAGUGUGGAGAGAUGGUCACUGAAGAGAGGAGGCAGCUGGCUCAGCUUCGCCCCUCUGCCUCUCCCCUUAGCCUGCCACUGUGUCGUCAACCUGAAGGAGCACCUCUAUGUGCUGGGGGGCUGGACACCACAGCACCAGCCAGAUGAUGAGCCUGACAAGCUGAGUAACCGUGUGUUUCAGUUUGACCCUGGCAAGGACGAAUGGACAGAGUGUGCCAGCAUGAAGUCCUCCAGGUACCGCUGCGGCACAGCUGUCCUUAAUGGAGAAAUCUACAUACUAGGUGGUAUAGGAUGUGAUGGAGAGGACCGUGGACAAUCACGUCGCUGUCUGAGCUCUGUGGAGAUUUAUAACCCAGACACAGACACCUGGAGGGUGGGACCGCCCUUGCCCACAUCCUUACUCUCCCUUCGAACCAAUGCCUCCAAUAUAGGAGUAGUGGAGGGCAAGAUCUACCUCUGUGGAUACUACAAGGGCGCUGGCCGUCAUGAGAUCAUCACCAAGGAGAUUUUGGAAUUGGACCCUGCAGACAAUGUGUGGAUGGUGGUGGAAAGACGAGCAGCCAUGCAUGAAAGCUAUGACGUCUGUCUGGUGGCUAACCUCAAUCCUCGAGACCUCUACACACCCUAAUUAAUCUCCUCCUGACUCUGUGCAACAACGCAAAGAGCCAGAUGUGUGGGAAAUAUCUUUCUGUCCUCUAGACCUCAUCCAGCUUUAUGCAAGCCUUAAAGGGUAACUUUGGUGUUUUUCAACCUGGAUAUAUCCCUUUUUUUGAAAUUAGUCCAGUAGUGAGCAAGCGCACUGCAGUCAGCAGCAGUGAGACAGGGCUCUAAUGUAGGGACUUCUUGUUCAAUGGAGUCUGGUGGCUGUGACGAGAGCGAUAUAGUGACCGUUUCUGAUGAAAUAAAAAAGAUCUUACUCUUCAAAAAAGGUCUAUCUCUGUAGGCAUCCUUUCGUUGUUAGACCAGCCUAUCGGUGGCAAAAACAAGCACUUCAGUGGAUGUACUUUGACAGGGCGCAAUUGCCCGCAAGGAUUAUGUUGCAGCCCUCUCUUGCCGACUGCAGUGCACUCGCUAAAUAUUGGACCAAUUUCAAAAGAUGUCCAUGUUGAAAAAUACAGAAUUUACCCUUUAACUCCUGAACAUCACAUGUAUCAACUUCAAGGUCAAAAUACAUGUGAAAUCUAGAUGUGUAGUUGGUUGAUGAUGAAAGGAUGUCAGUCUAUUAACUUCCCCCCCCAAAAAGGCAAAAGUCAAUGUGUUCUUUUAAACUAAUCUUUCUGAAAUGUAUCCAUCAACAUACCUAAACAAUAAAAUUGAUUAGUUUCUUAUUAU